AUGACGGCAAACUACGUCAAGAACCGUCUGCCUUCACCUAAAGUUAUGCACAAGACUCCGUUCGAGAUCGUCCACAACUCCAAGCAAAAUGUCAAGCACAUGCAGGUGUUCGGUUGUCAAGUUUGCAUACUGACACCGAAGGAGAAGCGGCCCAAGUGGGACCCCAAGGCUCGCACUGGGAUAUCCUUGGGCUACGAAGAAGCAUCCAAAGCGUAUCGCGUUUAUGACAUCGAGGCGGGGCAGGUGUUCAUCAGUCGCGAUGUCAACUUUGACGAGUCCGCCUUUGGACUUUCGCCGCCUACCACCGCUGAAGACGCCGAUGACCUUGACUUCGACUCCCUCGAUCUGGAUGAUGAAGCGCCAGGUCAAGCGCAGUACAAGCAAACAGACAAGUGCAAGAGUCGUCCCCAUGAUGAAGGAGUAAUAGCUCCACCCGCGCGCACAGUGCGUCAACGGCCUGGACUGGAAGAAUCAAGUGCGCCAGACAACCACACGACCCACCAAGUAGAAGAUGAAGAAACAAAGAAUGCUGAUGCAUCGACUCCGCCUGUGUUUUGGCGUGCGAGUGCGAACGCCAUCGAAACAGCAGUGGACUUAUCCGAGCCAUCGACUUUUGAAGCUGCGGUGAGCGGUCCUGAUCAAGUGCAUUGGCGCGAAGCUGUCCGUGCGGAACUUGAGUCGAUGCGACUUCGUGAAGUAUUCCGCGCAGCCAAGCUACCUGAAGGAUAUCGCGCCAUUGGCACGAAGUGGGUCUUCAAGAUCAAACGCAAAGCGGACGAAUCAAUUGACAAGUACAAGGCGCGUCUUGUGGCAAAGGGUUUCAAGCAACAAUAUGGGAUGGACUACACGGAAACAUUCUCGCCCGUCGUCAAGUACGUGACGCUACGCAUGGUGAUUGCAGUCGCCAAGUAUUUCGGAUGGACCAUCGACCAACUUGACGUUGUGACGGCAUUCCUGUAUGGCGUCAUGAAGGAACAAGUGUUCUGA